AUGUCGCGUAACUAUAGUGCCUCACAAUAUGAAAAAUCCUUCACACCUAAGCGUUUACAAAUGUACCAAGUUCCAAAGGAUCCUCAACCUGGUCUGCAUGCCAAAGGUUCGUCAUCAGUGAAUGGCAAUAGUAUCGUGGCUGAUGAUCGUGGUCAUCUUCUUCCUGGUGUAGAAAGAUCGAAACGAUCACCGUUUGGUGAAUUUAUUGGUACAUGGGAUUUACCAAAACGAAUUCCAGGACCUUACCACGUUCAUCCAAUGGGACGAACGGAGAAAAACUUCGAUACACUCUGUUUGCAACGUGAUAAUACAAUCCGAGAAAUGGAACAAGCACGAGUAUAUCAAAAAGAAGGCUCGUCGGCUAAACAAUCCUGUUGUAACUAA